CGACAUUUUACAGUCUCCACUGACCACAAGCUAUUGAUUUACGCAAUGAAUGGCGCAACGGACAAGUAUUCUCCGCGGGAAACUAGACACCUAGACUACGUUUCUCAGGCUACGACAGACGUACUACGUGUCUCAGGUGCUCUCAAUUUCGUCGCGGAUGCGCUUUCACGUAUUCAGCAGAUCAUCUUAUCGCCUGGCACCAACAUUCAUCUAGCCGCUAUGGCUGCUGCCCAACCAGCUGAUUCCGACAUAGACAAGCUACGACGCAACACCUCGUUGAAAGUACGCGAAGUUCCACUAGCUUCAUCUGAGGGGACUAUGCUUUGUGACGUUGCACAAACUUCUCCCUGACCCGUAGUUCCUACUUCGAUGCGUCGACUAGUUUUCAACGCUUUACACAACUUGUCUCAUCCCGGCAUA